GGAUUUUUCAUUUCAUCUUCCCGCAUUUUAAAACCUCGCCAUUGGAGACUCAGGUGUCAGCACAAAGCGCCGGCCUUUCCGUGAUCACAUCUUUUCUCCUUUAUUCUUCUUAUUGGAGCUGAUCUUGCAGAAAGAGAGAAGUAGAAGAGAAGAAGAGGCUCUGCUGCUGAAGGGCUCAUGGCAGAACCGGUGGGGGGAGGAGGUUGUGCAGGUGAGGGUAACGGUAGCGUGCCCUCACAACUGGAUUCUGUCAUCACGAAGCUGGCCGCCACGACCGGCGGGGAGAAGGGAACUGGGGAAAGCGAUGGAGGGAAGUGUAAAAUGGAGGUUGCGCCCGGCGGCGGCGGUGUGUCCAAUGGAGAUUGCGCCCGGGCGGAUGGCAGGGAGGAGAGCGGAUCCGCACAGCCCGACAGCCCCGGCCUUGACAAAAACGGCAAGCAGGGUCUCCCUCGCAGGAGCAGUAUUAUCAAGGAUGGCACAAAGCAGAAACGAGAAAGAAAGAAGACAGUGUCAUUUAGUAGCAUGCCAGCCGAGAAGAAGAUCAGCAGCGCCAGUGACUGCAUCAAUGCCAUGGUUGAAGGAUCUGAAUUGAAAAAAGUCAGGUCCAACUCUAGAAUCUACCACAGGUACUUCCUUUUGGAUGCAGACAUGCAGUCCUUGAGGUGGGAGCCUUCAAAGAAAGACUCUGAAAAAGCAAAAAUUGACAUUAGGUCAGUAAAAGAAGUCAGAACUGGAAAAAAUACCGAUAUUUUUCGUAGCAAUGGAAUUUCUGACCAGAUUUCAGAAGACUGUGCUUUCUCUAUAAUAUACGGGGAAAAUUACGAGUCCUUAGAUCUUGUUGCAAACUCUGCUGACAUUGCCAAUAUUUGGGUUACAGGUUUACGUUAUUUAAUUUCUUAUGGAAAGCAUACACUUGACAUGAUUGAAAGUUUUCAGGACAGCAUGCGAAUGUCUUGGCUUACUCAACUGUUCAGGGAAAUUGAUGAGGAGAAUGUGGGACAUGUACCGAUUUGUAAAGCGGUGCAAUUUAUUAAAAAGUUAAACCCAGGUCUUAAAAACAUUAAGAUUGAGUUGAAGUUUAAGGAAUUACAGAAAUCCAAGGAAAAAGCAAACAGUGAUGUGACACAAGAUGAAUUUAUUGAAGCUUUCCAUGAACUGUGUACACGACCGGAGAUCUACUUUUUACUGGUUCAGUUUUCAAGCAAUAAGGAGUACUUGGACAGCAAGGAUCUCAUGAUGUUUUUGGAGGCUGAGCAAGGUGUGGCACAGGUAACAGAGGAAAUUAGUCUUGACAUUAUAAAAAAAUAUGAACCAUCUAAAGGCCGGGAGAAAGGAUGCCUUUCUUUGGACGGAUUUACAAAUUACCUCAUGUCUGCAGACUGUAGUAUUUUUGAACCAGAACACAAAAGAGUGUGCCAAGACAUGACUCAGCCUUUGUCCCAUUACUAUAUAAAUUCAUCACAUAAUACUUACCUAAUAGAAGAUCAGUUUAGAGGUCCAUCUGAUAUUACUGGUUAUAUUCGUGCUCUCAAAAUGGGAUGCAGAAGUGUUGAAUUGGAUGUUUGGGAUGGUCCAGAUAAUGAGCCUGUCAUCUAUACCGGACAUACCAUGACAACACAGAUUGUCUUCCGCAGUGUGAUUGACAUAAUUAAUAAAUAUGUCUUCCAUGCAUCAGAGUUCCCGUUAAUUCUUUGUUUAGAAAACCAUUGUUCAGUCAAGCAACAGAAAGUUAUGGUUCAACAUAUGAAGAAAAUUUUGGGAGAUAAACUUUACACCACUCCUCCUAAUGCUGAAGAUUCCUAUCUUCCAUCUCCAGAGCAUUUAAAAGGAAAAUUACUAAUUAAGGGCAAAAAACUUCCCCAAGAUUGCUCAGGGUUUGAGGGGGAUGUUACAGAUGAGGAUGAGGGUGUGGAGAUGUCUCAGAGGAUGGGAAAAGAAGUGGAAGAUCAACAAACCAUUGUCCCCGUCAAACGAAUUCAACUUUGCAAAGAACUUUCAGACCUUGUAAGCCUUUGUAAAUCUGUACAGUUCAUGGAUUUUCAAUCAUCUUUCCAAAACCAGAGGUACUGGGAAGUCUGCUCCUACAAUGAAGUAGCAGCUGGCAAAUAUACAAAUGAAAACCCUGGUGAUUUUGUUAACUACAACAAAAAGUUUCUUUCUCGUAUCUUCCCAAGCCCGAUGAGGAUAGACUCCAGCAACAUGAACCCUCAAGAUUUUUGGAAAUGUGGUUGCCAAAUAGUUGCAAUGAAUUUCCAGACUCCUGGACUUAUGAUGGAUUUAAACAUUGGCUGGUUCCGUCAAAACGGAAAUUGCGGAUAUGUUCUACGACCUGCCAUUAUGCGCGAGGAAGUAUCUUUCUUUAGUGCUAACACUAAAGAUUCUGUGCCUGGAGUUUCUCCCCAACUGCUUCACAUCAAAAUUAUCAGUGGGCAAAAUUUUCCAAAGCCCAAAGGGUCAGGAGCCAAAGGAGAUGUUGUGGAUCCUUAUGUCUAUGUUGAGAUUCAUGGAAUACCUGCCGAUUGUGCUGAGCAGAGGACAAAAACAAUCCAUCAAAAUGGAGACAAUCCAAUAUUUGAUGAAAGCUUUGAAUUUCAAGUUAACCUUCCAGAACUAACAAUGGUGCGAUUUGUGGUGCUAGAUGACGAUUAUAUUGGAGAUGAGUUUAUUGGACAGUACACUAUCCCAUUUGAAUGCCUCCAGCCUGGCUAUAGGCAUGUUCCUCUACAAUCUUUGACUGGAGAUAUUUUGCCGCAUACAACAUUAUUUGUCCAUGUGGCAAUUACAAACCGUAGAGGUGGAGGAAAGCCUCAUAAGCGUGGUCUCUCUGUUAGAAAGGCUAAAAAAUCAAGGGAUUAUGCUUCUAUGAGGACCUUGCUUAUAAAGUCUAUUGAUGAAGUUUUCAAGAAUGCAAUUCAGCCAAUAAGGGAAGCUACAGAUCUACGAGAAAACAUGCAGAAUGCAGUAGUAUCUUUCAAAGAGCUGUGUGGACUCUCUCCUGUAGCUAAUCUUAUGCAAUGUAUAAUGGCCUUGUCAACCCGCCUAGCUGGACCUGACAACACCCCCGUGGUGGUUAUGAACCUCUGUGAUCAAUACCCAACCAUGGAGCUACAAGGCACCGUGCCAGAGGUCAUGAAGAGGAUCUUAACAGCUUAUGACUCCAUAAUCCAAAGCAGCAAGGCUCUAAUUGAGAAUGCGGAUAGUGUUUAUGAGAAGAUAGUACAGUGUCAAAAGACUGCCAUGGAAUUCCACGAGAAUCUCAACUCCAUCGGGGCUAAAGAAGGUUUGAAAGAGAGGAAGAUGAUUAAAGCUGUGGAGAGCUUUACAUGGAAUAUAACUAUACUAAAGGGACAAGCUGAUCUUCUCAAGUAUGCCAAAACAGAGACCACUGAGAACCUAAAGCAAAUUCACUAUGCUGCUUUAUCAUGUGGACUAAACAAGGCAACCGCCGGAAGCACAGAGGCCUCCAAGCCUAGAAGAAGCCUGGAGGUCAUACCAGAAAAAGCAGGGGACGAAACUGGUGACUGAAGCGCCACAAACAACAGUCAGGAGUGAUGUUCAUGGUUACAUUUCUAUUCCUAGGACCAAUGUAGCUGCACAAGAUGUUUGCUUUGCACUUACU